CAGAAUGCUAUACACAACCACGCGGUCAGACAGAUCGCAACAAUAAGGAAGGACCUCACCAAGUUCGAGGAGGACGUGGCAUCAGCUCCUCUGGCGCUACAGGGCAGUAUAGCGGCGGGACUGACACAGCUGACGAGAACCAUCGACGAGUAUGAAGGCUUUGUCAAGCAGGAGACCGAUGAUGACAAGAAGGUCAAAGUUGAGCUGAAAUUAUCAAAAUUCCGUACUGAUUGUGCGGAGAUGAAGAGGAAGCUCCAGGAGCUCAAGAGAAGCCGUGAAGAGAUGACACAGGCUUUGAACAGAAGUGCGCUGCUGAAUCGACGCCCACAGGCCAAUGACAACCCCUACGGCGUGCAACAAGACCAGCAACAGCAGCAGCAGGCACCAUCGCUGGGGUACGCCGAGGGACUACACAAGGAAACCGAUAUCCUCGCAAGAGGCAAUGCCCAGUUGGACGACAUACUGGAGAUGGGCAGGGAGGCCUUUGACGAGCUGGUGUCUUCGAACAGAACCAUCCAGCAGAUUGGACAGAAGCUAACGGGCACGCUGGGCACGCUGGGGGUCUCGCAAGAGACCAUAAGACUCGUAGAGAGACGAGCAAAGGAGGAUAAGUUUGUCUUCUGGGGGUGUCUGAUUGUAUUCUUUGUCUUGUGCUAUUACUUCUACAAGUGGUUUGGUUGA